AUGGUAAACGAACAAAAUUUAAAGCCAAUUAUAAGUCAACAAAAAUUAGUUGAGGAAUCUCCUUUGUCUCCUGCUGCUAGGGCAAAGGUAAUCAAUAAAAGCGGUAGUAAUUAUGUAAGCGAGAGAGGAAAAGAAGGUUAUGGACCGAUGCCUUAUGUUGACAGCCAAGCAUUAAUGAUUGCUGGUUCUGACUCGAUAAUGAGUAGAAUAGAGCGUGAAUUUCCUAAUGUUGCAACACUUCUUAGAUGGAAUCGAGAAGCUACUUUGAGUUUUCUUAAAGAAAAACAUGCCUUUAGUGCUUAUUUGGGACAAAAUGCUUUUAGAGUUCCUUGUUCUCAUGAAGACAAUUAUAGUAAAACUGGACCUGCUGC